GGUAGUUCUAUCGGCUCGGUAGUCCAAACAACACCGUCAAAUUAAAACAACUUUGCUAUUCAUUAUCACGUUAUCGCAUAAUCACUCUAUCACUAAUUUGACGUAAUCUUAAGCAUUUUAAUUAAGGAACACAAUUCGGUUACAUUUCGUUCGCAACGUCUUCACAAACGAACCUGUUGUGAAAAUUUUAAAAAAUAAGUAAGAGAAAUUACAUUUUAUGAAAAUGUUUGUGACAUCAAAAUUUGGAAAGGUGAAUGGAGAACUGGCGAAGAAAAUAUUUGAAGCUCGCUCAGUGACAUUGCUGUCGAAAAAACAGUUUUCCCAAAAGGAUGUAAAUGUGGAUGAAUUCUUCAAGUUUUAUAAUGAGAGUGGGCAAUGUGAAGAUCGGUAUAAACCACUGAAAGAUCGUGAUUAUGACCGGUUUUUAAGCACGAGGGCUUCGCGAAGAGAACCAUCGUUGACGAGGCAAAUGACAUCACUGGCCUACAAAGUGGGCAAGGACAUGAUCUCCUUAGCUGAAGGUAUGCCGAAUGAGCAGGUCUUUCCUUACAAGAGGCUGGCUUUAGACACGCGGUUCUCAAGCCUGGUGCUGGAAGGAAAGGAACUGGCUGCCGCAUUGCAGUAUUUGCCGUCACAGGGGCUACCAGCUCUCCUAUCAGAACUACGCAAGUUCCAAUCAGAAGCUCAUCGUCCACCGGAGUUGCCGCGAGACAUCCUCGUGACGAACGGCUCCCAGCAUGGCAUCUACCAAUGCGUGGAACUGCUGUUGGAGCCGGGAGAUCCUGUCCUUACCAGCGAGUUCGCUUAUACCGGCUUUCAUGGUGCUCUCAGGCCGUACCAGCCCGAAAUUUUGGGCAUCCCAGAAGAUAAAGAUGGUAUGCUACCAGAGACUUUAGACUCAGUCCUUGCUGACCGGCUCCGACGAGGUCUGAAGAUGCCGAAGAUGCUAUACAUCACACCUACGGGAAGUAACCCCACUGGGACAGUGCUACCUGAGGAUAGAAGGAGACGGAUCUACGAGCUGGCCUGCAAAUACGACUUCUUGAUCGUGGAAGAUGAUCCUUAUAUAUUUUUGAAUUAUUCUGACCAUAACGUUCCAUCAUUCCUAUCCAUGGACACGUGCGGUCGUGUGCUGCGUCUAGACUCCGUGUCGAAGGUGGUCAGCGCUGGUCUGCGAGGAGCCUGGAUAACUGCACCCAAGCCAUUGCUGGAGAGAUUGGAACUGCACUCCCAGGUGGAACUGUUGCACUCCUGUACUUUGUCUCAGGCGAUACUCUUAGAACUGGUGAAAAACCGCAAAUCCUUCGCUUCCCACCUGACAUUCGCUCGUGACUUCUACAAGCAGCGCCGGGACGCGCUACAUACUGCAUUGAAGCCGCUUGAACGUCUAGCACCCUUCGAGUAUCCUACUGCUGGCCUGUACUUCUGGCUGAGAGUCAAUGGCGUUGAUGAUGUUUAUAAUAUGGUAUUCCACACAGCAUUCGAGCGUGGCCUCAUGUUGGUACCUGGCCAAGCAUUUUUAUACGACACCAGCGCCCCCUGUCCGUAUCUAAGGCUAACGUUUAGCAAGAUCCGCCUCGAAGACAUGGACGCGGCCGUGAGCACUCUAGCUGACGUAAUCCGCUAUGAACAACAGCGGGCCGAACAGAAACAAAAAAGAGUCGCUACUGAAGGAUAGAUGGCGCUGUUUUAAGUUUUAAUACACUCUGAAUAUUAGUCGUUGUUUUUAGUUAUUAAGUUUUUGUUGUUAAUUUAAUUUUGCAUAGUUAUUUAAAACACCAAAAGAAUUGCUAUUUAGUCAGUGCCACUAAUUUCGAGCAACAUAAUUAAUGUUGUUUAUUUACUAUCUAAUUAAUGGUACAACCAACAACAAUAAUAUAACUUUAACGAUGCGAGCCUAGGUGAACUAAUGUAUUUAUUGUGAUAAGUAAAGCGUAAAUUUAUCUCCGUACUACUACUACUUAAUUAAUUCUUAAGAUAAAAAAAUUGUGCUUUAUAAUUUAUUUUAAGUUUGUUUAUAGUCCAGGAUGUACUAAGUAUCUACGUAACACAAUUAAAUAAUGUAAAACUUUAUAUCUUUUAAUGUACUUACAUAGUUGACUAUAUAUAAAAAGUCUUGUAACUUUUUAUAGUUAACUACAAAAGUGAUGUAGCUACUCGACGCUAGAUGUCGCUCCAAAAUAAGGGAUGAGAUACUGCAC